UGAAACCAUGGCAGAGCAAACAGAGGGAUCUCCCUCCUCCGCCCAGCUGCAGGCACGCUGUGCCGUCUUUUCAAGAAUACCGAAAAACUGGUUUCCCCUUUCUGAGCAGACAUGCAAAACAGACACACACACACACACACACACACCCACAGGGAUCCUGUGAGGCUCACACAUGCACACACACGCUGAAAUAACACCCCUCCCUCGCCGAGCCGCUCCGGCGCCAGCUGUUUUUCGGUGAAGGCCCGCAGUCCGGGGACAGUCGAGGCCGGCCGGAGUCAUGGACUGGCGGCUGGAGCUGGCCGCCCUCGCCGUGGCCGCGGCCGGGUGGCUGUGCGCCGUCCUGACUCGCAUCCUGGCUCUGUGGACGGUCAGCGGCAGCGUGCGGAACGUCACGGCCUCCCUGCCGGCCUACUGGGACGGGGUGUGGCUGCAGUGGGACCACUGGGACCUGGCCCACGACGGCAGCCUGCACUGCUCCUUCUACCAGGCUCUCAUGUCGCUCUCGGGGAACUUCCGGACGUGGCGGGCGCUCAUCAUGGCCGGCAUCGGCGCCGGGGCCUUCGCCGUGGCGGUGGGAGCCGCGGGGAUGGUGUGGUUCCCCAGGCGAGGGCAGAUCAAAGUGUUUUCUGGUGGCCUCUUUGUUCUGUCCGGGAUCCUGCUGCUGGUUCCCACAGCCUGGACGUGCCACCACACCAGCCAGCCACUGGGGGGCGCCGUGCCGCUCAGGAGAGCCUGGGGGCCUGCCCUCUACCUGGGAUGGAUCUCCUUCGCCCUGAUGCUGGCCGGAGGGGCUUUCCUCUGCAGCAGGUGCCCCAGGAUGGAGCGGCAGGAGGGGGAGGCCCCUGACAGCAGCAGGUACCCCGCCCUGGAGGACGAGUCCAGCCACCCGCUGAGCAGGAUCCACAGGACCACCUUCACCAGCAGCCAGUACGAGCGCAGAUCUGAGCCCAUCUGACCGCACUGGGACAUCCUGACGUUCAACAAAACAUUCUGUGGUUUGUGUCUGUGGAUCCAGAAAGACUUUGGUUUCACAUCUUGAGCAAUAAUCAUGCACUGAUGGUUUAACUGGACUGAAUGAUUACUGACAGUGAUUCACACACAGGACUUAAACAUCUGAUUACAAUGUUUUGUUUAGUUUAUCAUCAUCCAACUUUUAGUGAAAUUAAGAGGCUGUGUAUGUUGCAUAGAACUGUUUCCAUUCAUUUUCACAGUUUAAAUCCACUUUGAAGAGAUCCUUCUGGGAAUGUUUGUUUGAGCACUGGACUGCUUCUGGGUAUUCUCCUCAGAAUGAUUAAACAACUUUCUCAUGAUUUCACUGAGUUGUAAUGAGAGCGGACAUGCAAACCAUAAUGUGAAAAUCAGGUUACUGUUCCCACAAAGGAAAAAGAGAUGCUGUUGAUUGAGUUACUGCUUUCUCAUUUGCCAUAAACCACUUUUAAAACCGCCAGUGUGACACUGUGAUGCUGUUGAAAGUCCCACUGCUGCUGGGUUUGUGGUUCAUUCAUGUAGCUGGAAACUCAGAAUUGGGAAGGAGUUAUUUUCAUAUGAGAAGUUUUCACAGGAAAAGUCAGAAAAUAGAAUAACAGUAGAUAAAUGACUAGCAGCACUGUCAUCAGAUUCUCUGUUCAACUACAAUAUUGACAUUCCAGAGUACAUAAAAAAAAAAUCUUCAAAUAGAUGGAUAAGCAUCUCCAUGUUCAGUGCAUUUCUUCAAUGUAUUUGUUGCUCCAAAUGUUUAUAUUUACAAGCAGCAAGUGUUGUAUUUGAAGACAAGAUGAAAAUAGUGAGAAAAUGAAUGGAGAACAAGUAGGUUUGUUUACGUUCAUUGAAACUGCUGCUUUCUGUGAAUUCACUGAAACUGAUUCCCAGGAGGAAGUUUUCCAGUUUCACCUUUCCAGCCUCUCCUGAAUAUGUCACUUAUCACACAGUUCAAAAAAAUGGAAAUUUGUCUGUCAUGAAAACUGAAAUUUCCCAUUCAAAGUGAAAACAUGACAAAAACCUUAAAGAAAGUUCACCGUCAUAAAUACCUGCAGAUACUCAUAUUAACCAAAAUAAACUGUAAUGUGUGUGAAGUGAAAUCUUUUCUGCAUAUCAUAAAUGUUGUUUUCGUGCUAGACUAACUGUAUUUUUAAAUUUAACUGUGAUUUAUGUUUAUUACAAAAUAUACACGUCAUUCAGAUCAUCUUCUCAGAAUUCAUCCAGACCUGAGAUUUUCCCACAGCGUAGCAUUUCUCCCACCUCGAAGUGGGAUUUUCCAGCUUAAAUUAUGAGCUUAACAUGGACACUCGUGAAAUGUGUGUUGAACAACAUGAACCAAAUAAACCAAGAACGAGAACUAAGUGUUAAAAAUCGAACACCAAGAAACACUUUUAUUUUAUAUUGUAUAUUUUUUAAAAUCAUUUUUUUUCAGUUUUACAUUGACAAUGUAACCCACUGAAAUGUUUCUUGAAGGUUUAUUUGUGUGGAAUUUCUGCAACAAAUUUUCCGGAUGAAGGAUUAAAAACAAACAAACAAAAAAAAUCAGUUUGCAUCUCUGUUCAAUGAGUGAAGAAACAAAGAUGCUGAAGCUCAAGGGAAUGAAUCCAGUGUGUAAUUCAAAAAGAUAUAACCAACAAAAUGUUUUUAAAAAAUAAACUGUUUGCAGCCAUUUGUAAUUAUUUAGGGAAGUUAAAAGGACAAACAAGAUGCAGUUCCUGUUUCUGUUUCAGGGACUUUUAUAAAUAACCUGGCAGAAAAUAAGAUCUGGCCGCUGGUAAGAUGAAUAUUGAAAUUCUAUGCACUUUUCUUAAUUUUUCUUUUUGAACAAAGUGUUUUGUUUUUUUUUUUGUUUGUUUUGUUUCUGUCACUGGAAAUCUUUUAACUAUUCUUAAAAACACUUUAUUUUUUUCUUAAAACUUGAGAAAAUAAACUAUACUUUGAGAGGAUGUACUUAACUUUUUUCAUAAAUUCCAUCAUUUUUCUCAUAUCUCACACAUUUAAAGCUCCUUCCCAACUUUAUGUUUCUGUAUUUCAUAAAUCUUGAAUAACGGAUAUUGUAUGUUGGUCGUAUUGUACUCGGGUGAGUUUGGGUUUGACUCUCAAUCACCUUAAUCUGCUGCCUCCUUGCUCUGGACAUUAAACAUGUUCAGAAAAUGAAUUUCAUGUACAUUUCUGAUCAAGGAUUUCUGAGUAGACUUUGCUUUCUGGUUUAGAUUAAGAGUGCAGAUCUAGAUUUAGUGGCUUUUCUGGCUACCAGAUGCUUCAGCAGUGCUUCAAACCCAGCAGCUGUGAAAUCUUAUUCUACUGGCAGCCCUGACUCUAUUUUAUUUGAUGGCUGCACAGUCAGUUUGAGAGUUUCUCCUUUACUGUGCAGAUUGAGUUUGUUUUGUUGUAGAUAAAAAGAUACAUUUCAAAAAAUGUUUAUAGAUCAAACAGGUGACUGAUUAACGCUCUAGUGUGUCGCAGCACAGUGUUGAAAAACACUGAUUUAAGGAAUAAAUUAUACAAUAUUCAACAUUGUUGUCA